AUGUACUUGAGUUUUCAAAAGAAGUCAUUUUGGGAGAGCCUACACUUAAAGAGUGGCCUUGAGGACUGGGACAUGGCAGAGGAGCUCAAACUCACCAUCAUGACUGAAGACUUUCUGCAAGAUCCUGACGAGACUCCAUGCCAUCGCACGCAGAGGUGGCCACCGGACCCCCCGGCACAUGGGCGCUCACUGCCGGGAACGCUGCCAGACAACAGGGAACCUGGCGUCCAGCCCCACCUGUGGAUGUGGGUAAACCCCAGCCUGGUCUGCCCCAUCCCCGGGAGCCCUGGUGUGGACCCGGACAGAUCUGACAGCCCGGUGGCCACAGAAACCUCCUCUCCAAGAGCAUCCUUGGACUGCUUCGACAGAGACUGCUCGGAGGAGGAUGUGCCGUCAUCCUCCAGCGAGGCUGGAAAGCUUACCGAGGGUGAAGAUGCUUCGGGUGCAGACAUUCCAGUUCCUCAGGAGACGCCGGAAACUCAUGAACUACUUGUGGUGCCGAUGCCUGGGAAACCCGCAGCCCUCAGACCUCAGAGCGUGAAGCCCAAGUACCCCAGGCAGACAAGCACUAAAACUGAGGGAGGCUGGCCCCGUCCCCCACUUUAUUACUCCAUCCUCAUCGCCCUCGCUCUGUGCAACAGCGCGAGCGACAGUCUGACCGUACAGCAGAUCUACCAGUUCACAGGGCAGCAUUUCCCAUUUUUUCAAACAGCCCCGAAGGGCUGGAAAAACACGAUCCGACACAACCUGUGCUUCAGCAGCUGGUUUGAGAAAACCACUGACUUUGCGUGCUGCGACAGAAACCGCAAGUCUUGCCUGUGGAAGCUGACUCCAGAAGGGCACAGAAGGUUUAAGGAGGAAGUGCAGGCCCUGCCUGAAGACGUUCUCAACUCGGUGUGCCAAAGCAUGAGCAAACCGG